UUGUCUACAUAAAUAUUAAUGAUAUAUCAUUAAGUUUUUAAAUAUCUAUUAAUUGUGAAUGUUACGAAACUAUAAUAUUUAAUAGAAUAAAAAUUUAAUAUCCAACUCAAAAUGGUUUGUGAAAAGUGUGAAAAGAAAUUAGGAAAAGUCAUAACUCCAGAUCCUUGGAAAAAUGGUGCAAGAAAUACAGUAGAAAGUGGAGGACGUAAAGUCGGAGAAAAUAAAGCACUUUCUACAGGAAAGGCAAGAUUUAAUCCUUAUACUACUACUUUUGAGACUUGCAGAAUAUGUAGACAAAAAGUACAUCAAGUUGGAUCUCAUUAUUGUCAAUCAUGUGCAUAUAAGAAAGCUAUAUGUGCAAUGUGUGGUAAAAAAUUAAUGAGUACAAAAAAUUAUAAACAAUCUGCUACAUAGAAAUUCAUUUGUUAUUAUGUCAUGUCAAUUAUAGAAUUAAUUUAAUUUAAAAGAAUUAAUUUUAUUUAAACAAAUAUUUUACUAAUUCAAUAAUAUUAAAUACU